CAGUAUGUGACUGUACCAGAGGCAGUGCGAAUAUUUGAACAAUUCCAGUCAAUAUGGAUCACCAAUGGUCAAGUUCUUUGGAGUGGCAUACCGUUCGACAACGCCCAAGCAUGGGCCGAGAAAAGAAACCUGCAAACAUUAACUACAGCCAUGGGCCCUUUGAUGGAUAAAAACAAUCCAGAAUGUCCGAGGAUAGGUAAAUCAAAGAAUCAAUGGAGUCGGUAUAUUCAUGGUGCUUCGGCAAUUUUUGCUUGGCACAUCGCUAGAUUCGAGAAAGUCAUACUGCUUUCAUCUCCACCACCUCAACGAUUACAUCCCACUGGUCUUUCAAACUACCAAUUGAUAGAAGAGCCAAUUAUUCAAGGACGUCUUGGUCAUUGCGCGGUUCAAAAGAUCAUAAAUAUUCAUCCUACUGUUCUGGGUGGCGAGAAAUGCCCAUACGAAAUAUGGCCUGAUGACGAAACUUUCAAAUGGACCAAGCAAUUC